AUGGAGGCUCGACCAAUUACGAUGGGCGACAACGCAUCAGCAGGGCCCUCGUCCCUCCUGCCCUUCGGCUGGACCUCUCACAUCAGCCCAGCAGGUCGCACCUACUACCACAAUGCCGCCUCCGGCAAAAGCACUUACAUGUUUCCCACGCCAAAGCGCGAGAAGCCGACCUCCAAGACCGCCAUCCCGCACACUGUGGGCUGGUUCAAGGUCACCACGAACAGAGAGAAUGUGUUCUACUUUCAUCCGGACAGCAAGAGGAGCGAAUGGAUCCCCCCGCCAGAGGUGAGCUCAGCUUUGAGGCGGGUCGAGGAGGAGGAGGCGAGCGAGAAGGAGAGGGUGAGGAGGGAGCAAGAGGACAGGGAGAGGGCGGAGAGGGAGAGAGCGAGGCAAGAGGAGCGCGAGAAGAAGAGGAAGGCGGAGGAAGGCGUGCUGAUCACCGAGUUUGAUGCAUCCAAACGGGCGCGCGCGGACGAGGAAGAGGAGGACGAGGAGUCGAUAGCGUCGGACGAGGAAGCGCAGCCACCUGUCUACAAGCCAGAUGCACCGCAAGACGACGAGUCGAUCCCAGAAGAGGAAAACGACGACGAUGCCGACGACGAAGAAGAAGAGUGGCAGCGUCAGAUGGCCGAACAGAUGGCGGCCGAGGCAGAGGCAGAGGCCAACGCAAAUGCAGACCACGAACCACAUUCUCGUCCCGACGACGCCUCGUCUGACCCAGCAACUCAACCACAAGCGCCACCUACCACCCUCGAAGAUCAAAAGCUCGCUUUCACAACCCACCUCACAUCGCUCAACAACACCCCGCACGAAAUCAACCCCAUGGCACCGUGGGAUCUCGAGUCACUCAAAUUCUCCACCCACCCAUCCUUCCUCGCCCUCCCAUCGCGCGAUAGGGAGGACGUCUUCAACGAGUGGUGCAAGCUUCGAAUACGCGAGAAGCGGGCUGCCAGAUCCGCUGCCGCCUCGUCAACCACCACUGCCUCCCCAUCCAGGGCCCCUCGCGCGGACCCACCCAGCGCAGAGAGCACCUUCCUCGCGCUGCUCCGAGCAGAAGUGCGAUCGACCCGAACAAAGUACCCCGAUUUCAAGGCGGCCUUUUCGCGCGACCCGCGCUUUACCUCGUACAGCCGGGACGCAGACCGCGAGCGCCUGUUCAAGCGACACCUGUUCGAGCUGGGCGAAGAGAAGCGGCGCGCGGCGUCGAAAGCUGAGCGCGAGUUUCUCGACCUGCUCUCCGACCGACUGCCGGGCAACUAUCGUGGCAAAGUGGUCGGCGCUGAUGGGGUGAAGGAGAAAGUGAUGGAGGUGUGGACCGAGGCCAAGAGGGGGGUGGUGGAGGAUAAGCGCUAUGAUGCAGUGGGAAGCUCGACGCGGCGAUUUGAGCUGUUUUGCGACUGGGCCAAAGGCGAGCGUCGUGCACCACCCACCGCCCCCGCUUCCAGUCGUGCGAACGGCACCUCCACGGACGCCGCCACUGGCACGAAAGAGCAAGACGACGCCUCGUCGCGAGCACGCGAGAAAGAAGCAGCGAGAGCACGCGCCCUGCGGCAACGCGAAGAGGCGGUUCGUCUGGAACGCAACCGGCUCGCGCGCGUCAACCGCUCGGCUCUGUCCGCUGCGACGCGCGAGGAGUCGCUGCUGUCGUUCCGCCAGUUGCUGCUGGAUGCGGUGCACAGCCCGCACGUCUCGUACCACUCUGCUGUGCCGCAGUUGGCACGCGAUGGACGCUUCGAUGCGCCCGGUUUGACGGACGGCGAUCGCGAGCGGCUUUUUGCGGAACACCAGGAGAGGCUGGGUGAGAAGGAAGGGGACCGGAUUGGGUUGGUGUUUGCGAGGUAUGCAAAGACGCUCGAUACGCACCGGGACGAUGUGCUCGCGCAGACGGUGGAGGACGAGGCCCUCGCGCAUCCGCCACUCAACGUCUAUCGGGAAAACAGAGGGCUGUUGGAAACCGCGUACGAUAGGUGGAACGCAUCUCGGCAGGCAGACGCGGAGAAGUCGUUCAAGGAGAUGCUCCACGAAAGCGCAUUCGUCGACUUCUGGGGCCGACUCAAGAAGCAGGCCUCCACGAUGGAGCCCUCCGCCAACCCCAAGGAGGAAGGGGAGGAGGACGAUGAGGGGGAGGGAACGACGCUCGUCGACAUGGCAAGGAAGGUGGAUCUGAGGGAGAUCGAGAGUGUCCUGCGCAACGAUGCGCGGUUCAGAGCGUGGAGACAUGCGCCGGAACAAAGGCAGAGGUGGAUCAGGGAGCAUCUGAUGGGAUUGGCGGCGCCGGCGAAGAGCGUUCAUCGUUGA